UUUCUUCUAGUGAAAAUUUUGAGGAAUGUGAUGAUGGUUGCCCCGAAUGAAGGCCAGUUUAUGCAAUUGCUCUUGAAGCUGAUUAGUGCAAAGAAAACGAUUGAGAUUGGUGUUUUUACUGGAUACUCUUUACUUGUCAAAGCUCUCUCCUUGCCUGAAGAUGGAAAAGUAACAGCUAUAGAUGUCGAUAACAAGGCAUAUGAAGAGGUUGGAUUGCCCAUCAUCCAAAAAGCUGGGGUAGAACACAAGAUCAAUUUCAUCCACUCUCCUGGUAUUCCCUACUUGGAUGAAUUGCUUCAAGAUCCAAAGGUGGAAGGUUCCUUUGACUUUGCAUUUGUGGACGCUGAUAAGGAGAACUACUUGAAUUACCAUGAGAGACUACUGAGGCUUGUGAAGGUUGGAGGACUCAUUAUGUAUGAUAACACUCUGUGGGGUGGUAGCCUUGCCAUGGAUGAGUCCUCCCUCUCAGAACACAUGAAGAAGACGAGACCCAAUUUGCUCAAGCUCCAUGAAACACUAGCCAUCGAUUCGCGUGUCGAGAUCUCGCAGAUCUUCAUAGCUGAUGGUGUCACACUUUGCCGAAGGCUAUAUUGACCUUUUUGACAUGAUUGAUUUCCAUUGGUUUCUCAGUAAUUUAGGGUUUUAUGCAUAACAUAGUACCUUAAUAUGUAGGGGUUGCAAUGUUAACUCGCCUGAUCGGCUCCCCCCUAAACAACCAAAUAUGGCGUGGGGACGAGGCUAGGCCUGAGCUUGACCCAUGGCUGGUAUGGCACCGGCUCGGGCCAUGUUUGGCUCGAUCCAGACUUGACCCUUUGGUAGUCAUGUACUAAGCUGCAAAUGCGAUAAACAUAAACAAAUACCAUUGAUAUUAUGAAUAAAUUUAGGUGCAGGGUUGGUAUU